AUGAGUAACACAACACCUACAAACAAUCCUUCUUCCUCAACGACGACACUUGAUAAUUCGUUAAUAAACAAAGAUAAUAACAACAAUAAUGAUUGUAAUAAUGUUAUUCAAUCAUCACUAGAUUCACCAUUACUAAAUCAAGAUAAUAGUUUAAGCAAAGAAAAGUUUAAAAAUCAUAGAUUCGAUAAGCCACUUCCUCUUCCUCCCUCUACACACUCACAUCAUCUAUCAAACUUUACAGACAACUCUAUAUGCUUAUCGAGAUCAGUACCAAAUCUUCAUAUUUCAAACUUGACACAGAAAACAAAGAAUAACAUUUUACCAACAACUUCAACAGCAGCAGCAGCAGCAGCAACAACAGCAGCAGUACUAAACAAUGAAAACAGUGCAAAUAUAUCAAUAACAGUAACACCAAAUGAUACUUUCAGUAAACAAGUACAACCUCAACGUUUGAUUGAACCGAUUGAGAGUGAAGCACCAACUCUUGGAUCACUUUUGAAUAAGGCCAAUCUAUCUGUUGGACAAGAAGAUCAACUAUUUGGAAAUGGACCUCUAGUUAGUGGUAUUAAAACAAAUCGUAAAGGUCGCAUAUUUGAUCAUUUUCUCGUUGUUGGACUACCACCCAAUGCUGAACUCAAAUGCACCGAGCAUGACGAAAAACAGCAACACCAACCUCAAAUCAUAUACAAAUAUCCACCCGAACAACCAUUACCCAAUGAUAUGAUUGCACAGUUUUGUUUUCCCAACCAAGUGACAUCAAGAUCAGCUCAAAGAUCAUCAUCAUUUUCAACUCUUAAUCAAGUCGCCUUUUGUAAUCUUGCUCACCUCUUGAAUAUGGAACAUUCCUAUAUUUUUCUUUUAAACACAAGCUCUACUCUAUACUAUGGUGUUUGUAUAGUUAAAGAAGAAGAUGUAUCAUCAUCUUUAUCAUUCAUGUCAACAAAGGAACAAGAAUCUUUAAAAGAACCAACAUCACAAAAAGAAAAAAGAUCAUUAAAUAGAAGUCAAUUUGAUUUUAUUGCUCCUAGAGCCUAUUGUUUUUUAACAAGGUUUCCAUUCUUUCAAUUACAUUUCCAAAUGUUGCACUCAAUUUUGGAAAGGGAAAGAAUGUUGAUGCUUUUUUCAAUGACUGACAGUAAAGAUCCCUCAUGCAAUAUAUCAACAAUGGAGAUUAUCGACGUUUAUUAUAGUAUAGAUAUGGAAACAAUCAAAGAAAAGAUAUCAUUCAAAGCUCCUGGACAAGACUAUAAAACUGAUUUUCAUUGUCCUCAAGGUUCAGAAGACAGGUCUAUUGGAGAUUGGUCGUUAUUUAAUACAUUUGAGGGUGGAUUGUCCAUCGAAGAUAUACUUUAUGCUUUUAGUUGGGCAUUAAUGGAAAGAUCAAUUUUGGUUUAUUCAAAACAUCUUGGUUCUAUUUCUUCAUUUGUAUUUUCAUUUAUCCCAUUAUUAAAACCAUAUGUAUGGCAAUGUUGUUUUAUACCAAUCCUACCAGAAAGUUUAAUAGAAUCAAUAGAUGCACCUUUUCCAUUUUUAAUUGGGGUGCAACAAUUACCAGAAAAUGUUAUGAAAACGAAAAGAGAUUAUUUAAUAGUUGACAUUGAUAACAAAAAACUAAUAUUUCCAAAUGGCGAAUCAACCUCAUCAUCUAUUCUUUCCCAACAACAACCAAGUCAAUUGCCUCAUCUUCCAGGCACCAAAAAAUUAGAUUAUCACAGUUGGCUAGUUGAUCAAAUCAGUCAGGCCAUUAUUACAUGUAUUAAUAAUAUAUUUUUAGAACAACAAAAACUACAACUACAACAACAAUCGCAACUACAACAACAACAACUACUACAACAACAACAAUCACAACAGCAACAAAUUUUUGACAUUGAAGAAUGUCAAUUAAAUUCAAAUGAUAUUUCACUUUUUUCAAGCAACAAUAAUAUUAAUAAUAAUAAUAAUAAUAAUAAUAAUAAUAAUAAUAAUAAUAAUAAUAAUAAUAAUAAUAAUAAUAAUAAUAAUAAUAAUAAUAAUAAUAAUAUCCCUCUUCCUCUUCCUCUUCCUAUUCCAAUUCCUAUUUUAAAUUCAUUUUCUGGUGAAAAAAGUCCACCUUUUGGAAUAUCGCAAAUCGAUGCAACCACUUCAACUGAAUUGUUAAACAAACAAAGUAUCCAUUUCCUUGAAGAUAAUUUAAAACAAGUCAUUCAAUGCCUUCCCGAAAACUAUCGAUUAUUUUUCGACCAUUUCUUCCAUACACAAAUGUUUCAAUUAAAUGCAGUUCGUAUGAUGCUUCUCACCCAAGAGAGACACAAAACUAGUAUAGGACAAAUAGAAAAACUAGAAUCACUCAUUCAAAUGGAGGAGAAAUCUAAAGAAAAUCUAAAAAAAAAAUUGGAAAUGGAAGCACUUUCAAUGUCUCCGAGCAAAGGCACCAACAGUCUUUUGCCAUCAUUCCUUGGAGGAAUUUCAGACAUUAGAAAAAAGAAAUUGGAAUUUGGUCAUCGAAGAAGUAGAAGUGUCAGCGAUCAAGUGGAAAAGAAUAUUCUAAAACAAUCAAUGAAACCACCAAUAGCAUCAGUCUUUGAAUUGACAUCAUCAGCGACACCCAUUAAUCUAGCAAGCAGUGGUAGUAGCAUACCAAAGUCAAACCUAUCAAGAUCUCAAUCACCUCUAAUUUAUAACGGCGGGAGUAUUGGUGGAGGUGGUUCUACUCCUUCUCUUGGAGAGCUUUUAGAAAGAGAACAAAAAAAUAUUAAUAAUAUUAAUAAUAAUAAUAUUUCACCACCAAUAACCCCACCCCAUGUAGUAGGAUAUGAAAGUCUACCAACUUCUCCUACGACCCCGAGAAAAUAA